AUGUCUUCUGAGCUAGAAAAGAUCCUAAAUGGAGAAAAGAAGAGUUCAUUUAUGAAAAAUGCACUGGAAGCACACAAAAAACAUGGGUGUGGGGCGACAAACCCGAUGAUUCUGAUUAAUAGAUUUGAAGAGUUCAUGGAUGCUGUUAUAUUAUCUGGACUUAGUAGUCUCUUUAAAAAAGUAACUUAUAGAAAAACAAAAUCAUUAAGGUCGAUGGAUUUUUUUGAAGAAGUGCUUGUUCCUGAGAUUGCAAUAAGAUUAAUAUUCGAGGAUUGCAAAAUUCUGCUUGAUGAAGCAAAGAUAGUAAUGAGCGAUAGUGUUAAAUUUGGAAUAUAUAUGUACAAGAAUGUAGAAAUUUAG